AUGAGCACUGACGCGGGAUUCUGGCUGAACGCCAUGUUUUAUCCGCAGAAGUAUCUAUCCGAUAUUGCUGUCUGUGUGAUUGCAUACGCAUGCACAUCCCGAGUUAUUGCCUUCACUCGUCUCCAUGGCUCUUGUGUCUCCUGCAUUUGGGCAAUAAUCGAUAUUCAUAUUGGGUCUCAGCAUGUGGUUGCAACCAUUAGCCCCUGUCGUCUUGUGUUAUUCCUGCCGAGCCUUACUCGCCAGUCUAUCAAAGUUUAG